AUGAAAAGACACUUGGAGUACACAAGUUCGUCUGACGACAGUGAUUACGAGAGGAUUACGAAAAAUCCAGAUAGAUCAAAGAGAGAAAAGUACACCGAUGAACCCGUCCAGGAAGAGGAACAACAAAAGAACUCAAAAGAUGACNAAAUUAAUCAACAUAUCAUGGAGCAUGCUAAAAAUUGGGCUAACAUGAUCUCACCUGAGAGGAAACGACUACGUAGAUUAAGAAGACAACAGAAUUCUUACGAGGACGACAGCAGCGACGACGAACAGGAUCUAAAGGUGCAGCACCGGGACCUGAAACAAAAAAGAAGAAAGUUAGUCAAAGUUACUGAAAAGAAGCACAGAGGGCGAGUCCGGGAGACGGGACAGUUAACAAUUUACGAGAAAGCACAAAUAAUCACCGGCGUCAUGCAGAACAAUCAGCAAGACCUAUAUACCAGAGCGAUGGAAAUGCAAAAACAAAUUAAGGAGUCACAGCGCGAAGUAAAUGAGAUUAGGGCGCGAAAGGAACACGUCCUAAGAUGCUUGACUCAAACGCUUGAAAAAGUAAAUAGCGUUAAAGAACGAGAAAGAAAGGAAUUGCUUGAGAUGGAGAAAUUGCUGGCGGAAUUUAGAAGUGGCGCAGCCGAGCGACCUAGACAGGUGCAAGCACCACAACCGUCAACCUCGGGCACACAAAAAGCAAAGACACCAAAAGCUCUCAAGAGAAAAGCGGGACACGAAGAGAAACAAGUUCAGAAAAAAGAAAAGAAAAAAUCUGAACAAAAGCGUACAAAGAAAGACGAAGUUAAGGACNAAAAGGUGAAGAAGAAAUUUUUAGAGGCGCGCAAAUACAAGACGUAUAGGACGCGAGAAGUUAUGCCGGACGCGAAACUUUUAAAGCCUCAGAAGGAGAAAAAACAAAUCGUGUAUAACAUCCCAACAGAUUCGGACUCUGAAGAAGAGGAAAGACAGAAAGCAGGACACCACGCAUUGCCNAAACAACAAAUUGAAAUGAUCCUUACAAAUCAACCAAGGGUCGUUGUUACAAAGGUAAUCGUGUCUGACAUACGAACAAUUGAUGUAACAAUACAGCCAGUUACAUCAAAGAUAACAACAUCUUAA